UCUUAUUUAAGACUCAGUCUGUUUGAACAUGUAUUAUAAACAGCAGUUUUACUACUCUCAGUAGAUUUACAUCCUGUGAUACUACACAUAUGGCAUUUCUCAAAGAUAUUCUUUAUAUUUAGUGAUAAUUUCUGUUUUGUUUUGUUCUGCUUAAAAAAUAAUAAAACAUAUACUGCAAAACUGUAAAGUACAAGUGAAAGUUUUGUAUGAAUAUGUGUCUCAGAAAUAGUAUUAAAGCAUUUAAUUGAUUAAUAGCUAUCAUUAAAUGCAUUAAUAAAUGUAUGUAUGCAUCAAUAAAUUAAUUUGUAAACAACUUUAUUAAUAUCUAUGUCCUUAAUUGUGAUAAGUUGCCCAUUGAGAAUUUCAGAUGUAUAACCUAUGUUCAUCAAUACAAUAAAAUGACUGGUAUUAUCUGGUAUUAUCCUCACAAGUAUGUCCCGUGCGCGCGUCCCCGUGAAGCCUGUGCACGCGGCCUGGGGGGCCUGUUGAACUUCCCUGCAGCUCGUGCAGACCGUGGCUGUAGCUCCUGUAGCUCAUUUUGUCGUUUACCAUAGUGAAACUCAGGGACUGUGGACCAUGAGCUGCCCCGGGGAAAGCUGACACACCGAGCCGAGGGUGAGGAGGACAUGACCAACCACAAGCCCAAAGCAGAGAGCCGGAGCGAUGAAGCCGAGGGCCUGGAUGGAGGCUGGGGCUGGGUGCUGGUCGGCGCCCUGUUCGUCAGCACGAGCCUCGUGUUUGGCCUGAUGCGGAGCUUGGGGAUCUUCUUUGUGGAGUUUGUCCAGUACUUUGAGGAGAGUGCUCAGGCCAUCUCCUGGAUCUCUUCAACAGGCCUGGCAGCACAGCAGUUCUUCAGUCCUCUGGGUGCAGCGCUGUGUAAUGCGUAUGAUGCCAGGGUGGUGGUGAUGACAGGGGGCUUUCUCGCUGGACUCGGCCUCAUACUUGCUUCACAGGCCACCUGCCUCGUUCAUCUCUACCUCACUAUGGGCGUCAUUUCAGGUUUGGGCUGGGGGUUGGUCUUCACUCCCAUGGUGGCCACCGUCAUGGCUAACUUCACGCGGCGCCGCACCCUGGCGUUGGGACUGGGGUUCUCCAGCAUCGGCCUUUCCUCCUUUGCCUUCAACCCCCUCUUCCAGUUUCUGGUGGAGACGUACGCCUGGCGAGGGGCCCUGCUGAUUCUGGGGGGCCUCAGCCUCAACAUCGUACCCUGCGGGGCUCUCAUUCGUCCACGACGACGCUCCAAAGCCCCAGAAAAGGUGAAUUCAGGGAGCAGGUCAUCGUGUGCUAUGGUGCUGCGACGAGUCUCCUCCUACCUGGAGCUGCCGCUGCUCUUUGAGAGGCCUUAUCUCACCUAUACCUUGGCCGUCACUCUUCUUAACGUCGGCUACUUUGUUCCAUAUUUCCACCUGGUGGCCCACAGCCGCCAAGCUGGCUUCUCAGAGUACCAAGCUGCUUUUGUCAUGUCAGCUGCCGGCGCUACAGACAUUUUGGGCCGCGUGGUAUCAGGCUGGUUCUCCGACCUAGGACACUUCCGGCUGCUCCAUUUACUGAGCUUGUGGACGACGCUGGCGGGAGUGUUCAUCAUGCUGCUGCCCGUGAGCUCCUUGUCCGGUUCGUACGUCGUGCUGGUGAUGAUCAGUCUCCUCUAUGGCUUCUGCUCCGGGGCUUUGACCUCUUUGGUUUUCGCGGUGGUGCCCAUGAUCGUGGGCGUGGAGCGCAUGAUGGGGGCCCUCGGGCUGCUGCAGCUCAUCGAAAGCGGUGCAGGACUGCUGGGGACGCCUCUGUCAGGGUUGCUCAGGGAUGUCACAGGCAACUACAUCGCCUCCUUCAUGGUAGCGGGUGGUUUUCUAGUUCUUGGCACGUUGACCAUGGCCACGCUUCCUCACUACUUCUCCUGCACAGAUCCACCGGCUCCUCAGAGACAUUCUCAUGAAGACAAAAACAAGAGCUUACAUCCAGAGUUGGAACAGAUCAAUAGUUCGCCUCCUGACACGGGUCACGGAGGAAGAGCUCAGUGAUCUGGCUGCAUUAGCCUCAAGACUGUGUAAGUUAAAGGGUUCAAGAGCCUUGUUAGUGCUCUUCAGAGCAGCCAGUGUAACAGCAGAGUGUACCUGAAGACUGUGUUUGCACUUAUACCUCAGAGAAUCAGACCCAUAUUGAAGCUCACUGUGAAAACUCUGACAGCAGAAAGGGGCUGAUGAGUUGCCCACUCUGUUACACAUCGUAACCUCAGUUUAAUGUUUAAUCCACUACCUUCUGCCUACAAGACAACGUACAGAUGUGUGGUUGAUUUACAUGAACUGGGAUGUAGACUGAGUUUGCACAUUCAGCAUACUUGACCGAAGAGUAGGAACUGUUUUAUUUCAUGUGAAUGUGAAAAGUGAAUCUUGACAUCAUAUUUUAUACAUGUUGCACUCAUUGAUUAAUCUUAAACCUUCACUAUCCUCAUUUAAUUUCUUCUUUUAAUGAAGCACACAUGACGUUUAUCAGUACUGUGUGUAUGAAGCACUGUGGGCAGUUUGACUGCAGUGUUUCACUGAGCCCUCCUGAUGAUAAUCUUUACACUACUGUGUAAUUGAAGAUUUAUGGAUUAAAGAAACACAUUUUCUAAAUAA